AUGCUAGCCAGUUCGACGUCCGACACACUCAACACCCCGUUACUCCGACUCAGCGCUCCCGAUCCGUCACAUAAAUAUAGAGGAAUAGUUAAUUCUCGGUCACUCAGCAGACGACCACUCACUGAUCGCUCCGUUUUGCGCUUUCUCAUCCAUCACCUGGAAUGAUGGUUUUCUCCAAAGUGUGAGACCGUUUUCCUCACCGAGAAACUCGAAUAAUUUGGUGUGUUCUGGAUUACACGAAAAAAGAAAAAAAAAAAGAUCGCAACACUUUUUAUGGAUAUUGAGAAAAUUUUUCAAAGGGAGCAAAACUUGAGAACCUAUAAUGACAGAGAAAUUCCAGAUCAGAUGAUUGUGAGAAAUGAUGACGAGUCACAACGUUACGCUGACGCUGUGGAUUCUAGUCACCGCCGUCCUUCUUCAGAAUGUUAUGGCAGGACCUUCUGCUUUGCGAAACAAGACAAACUCUACCUCGAUUGAGAGCAAAAGCCUCACGCCACAGGCCAGCAUUGGAAUACCCCGCCGUUUGCCCUCCCCGUGGGCAGGAAAAUUAUCUAACCUCAGAGGAAGGCCAAGGCAACGAACCUCAACAACGACUUCCUCAACCACUUCCACCACCACCACCACAACGACAUCUGCUCCCAACAGAGAAACAGAGCCCACUGUCAAUAUCACAAACCAAGACUCUACAUUCAGGAGGCGCAUGGACACUUUCGACAGCGCUGCAUCGGAAAAUCCUUUAUCCGUAGUAUGGCCCUUGAGAGCUCGACCAGCAGCGUCGAAAAGGUUCCGAAUUCCAACACCUACGACACCUGCUCCACAAGUGCUUCUAAAACUACUACAACCGAAGCCCACGAGACCUGCCAUCUACAGUUUGGAUGGUUUUGUCCCUAAGCCUUCCAUACAGAGAAUCGUCUCCACAGAGGCACCUCUUCAUUUCAAGAAGACAGAUCUUCAGUUGCUGUCCAGUGUGCCUCGAAGGCGAAAAGCUAACCGGUACAGCAAGGAAGAUGAUGACGACGACGACUACCAGUACGUUACCCGUGGAAGGCGCAGGAAGAAGCCCGUGAGUCGGUAUACCGCUUUUGCCCGAAAAGGAGUACCAGGGGAGGAUUACCCCGUUUACACAUACAUACCGCAAACAGAUUUCGAUUGCGGAGCACAACCGGGACCUGGCCUCUAUGCAGACCCCUUCACUGAUUGCCAGGUAUGGCACAUGUGUCCGGGAGGCAAUCUCUCUCCACGUCACAGUUUCCUCUGCCCUAAUGGUACCAUCUUCAACCAGAAGAAGAGAAUCUGCGAUUGGUGGUACAAUGUGGACUGUCGAAAGCAUUCGAGGAAAAUCAGGUCCUACUCUGUCGAAUUCCCUGAAGACGAAAUAGUAGAGGAGCUGGAAUAAAGUCUUGAAACAUGCAUCAAUGAUUUUACCAGAGCCAAGCUGCUCCACUAUGGACUUUCAUUCUUCCACCAGGCGCAAAAGGACUCGUCUUAUACUAAACAAACAAACACGUUGGUAAAUGGUGCAUCAGUAAUGUACUGCUAUUAAUCGCUCUUAAGAGAGGUGUGGGUAUGAUUAGAGAACAGGCAGCAUUCAGAACAUGUGCAUGAGGAUAUUAUCGGGAUUGUGUUUCAUUUUAUCGUCAUGGGCGAGCUUGUUUCCAGUUCAAACAACUUAUUUUGUCAGUAUGCUCUCACAAAAGUUACAUGCUUUUGAAAUUGAAUAUUACACUUCAAUAUGUACUCAUGUUUAACUAAGAUGUAAUUAUUUAGUAAAAAAGUCCAGCAUUGAAAUUUAGAUAUAAAAGGAGGCUGAAAACAUGCCUCCUUUUAUAAAAACAUGGCCUGCAAAGAAAAUCAUGAAUUUAAUGAGACCAACCUUACUGAGAGGUGGCGCCAUCUAGUACGUUGGAGGAGAGGAAAUCAAUUUGUUGACUGUCAGUCGGUUAAAUGUUUCUAAGAUACCCUUUUAGCCUCAUUACUUUUAAUUUGCAUACCAAAGUAAACAAACUGGAGUCAUCAAAAAUGUAAUUUUAAUAUUGCGUAAAAAACUGAUUUUUAUAUGAAAUAAUUCCCGUAUCGGCCGAAAUAUAAGACAAUCUCUUAAAUUUUGGUGUUUUUUUAAAGAGUAUGUGCAUGAGUUUAAUAUGCUUAAAAUAUCUUCUACAAGAAAAAUAAUUAAAUAGCCCAGAUAAAGAAACUAAGUAAAUUUACUGAAGUUUCAGACGAUUUGGGUCUCCUGUGGAGGUAGUUGUCUUAGACAUGACAAAAGAAACCUAAGAUUUAUUGCAGCUUUCUACAAUGCGAUAAAGCAAAAUAUGGUACUUUCUGAUUAUCCGUAAUUUCUAUUGCGACAGAAAUACUGUCUUUUUGGUACAUUUUAGACCCAAUAAUAAACUACCUAUGCACUUCGGUGCUUCUAUUUAUUAUUAUUUAUGAACAGAACGGUACCUACGAGCUGUAAAUGUAUCCAAAUAAGUAUUUUUCUCCUAUUCUGAGAUACUUUUCAUGCGAGUGCGGGCAAUCAGAAAGUAAACGAGAGAUCAAUGCAAAGAGUAUCUUCGAAAUAGCUAAUUUGUUACACAUUACCAAAUGAAAAAAAUAGGAUAGGAAUAUGACACAAUAGUACAAGAAUAUGAUGAACGACUUGAAGAUUGCAAGACAUGUUAUACCAGGCUGUAAAAAAUAUAUAAUUUAACUUUACUUUCGAUUUGAAAAUAUUUGCUUUUAGAACUUAGAAUUUGAAACUCAACUCUUCGUAGAUUUAUUGAGUGCAUGAAAUAUUUUGAUUAAAUUUUUGGUUGUCAUAUUGAUGGAAUUUGCCAUAUUAGGUUUUAGAGAAUAAUAUUAUGCUUAGGAUAUUCAUUUAUAUUCUCAUAACACGUUCGGAGCUGGUCCCCAGAGGUUUCGUUUUAAUGUAAAGGGUUAAAUUAUAAUUUCUUUCCAAAUGCUAGGCCAACUUAAUUUAUAGAAGUUGAUGAAAGUUUUUAGUUGAUGAAAGCCUUCCUCAGAUGAGCACUUUAAGUUAAAUUUUAUCUUCUUAUAUCCAAGCGAAUACGGUUACACUUCGCGCCUUGUUUUUUAACCUGCAGCCGAACCUCGGUUAACGGACACUCCAUUAACAGACAGGCCUAAAUCAAGAAGCCAUUCCAUUAACAAUCCAUUAACAGACAGUCCUAACUCAGACAGAUAUUCCAUUAACAAUCCAUUAACAGACAGUUCACUAACUGACAAUUCAUUAACAGACAGUCCUAAAUCAGACAGACAUUCCAUUAACAGACAGUUCACUAAUAGACAAUCUAUUAACAGAUAGUCCUAAAUCAGAUAGACAAUCCAUUAACAAUUCAUUAGCAGACAGUUCACUAACAGACAAUCCAUUAACAGACAGUCCUAAAUCAGACGGACAGUUCAUUAACUGGCAAUCCAUUAACAGACAGUCCUCAAUCAGACAGACAUUCCAUUCACAGACAGUUCACUAAAUGAAAAUCCAUUAAUGGACAGUCCUGCUUGACAUAACGCUUAAUUAAUAUAUUUCUCUACCUAUUUACUAGCCCAAAGUUCCAAUUCACAAUUCUUUUAAUUUAUGACAGAAUAUCCGUUUUUAAGCUCGGGAAUGCAUGGCUUUCAACAAAACUCCACCAGAACUAUUACUGUACAACGAACAACACUGUUCAUUGUGGAUAUUGUUUUCCUCAACUUAAUUUAUAGAAGUUGAUGAAAGUUUUUAGCACAACUGUAAAUACACUUUGUUUGUUAUAAUCUUUAUUAAUGUUUUUGAAUAAAAUAUUUUAUUGAUGCCUA